AAAACCAGAAGGCCAAACCAAAAAGAUCUCUUUACUCUUUCUUUCUCUGUCUUCCAUGGAAGCCCUGGCAAACUCUGUGUUUAUUCCCAACUUUCCAGAACAUCACCCACUUCUUAAUACUCAAUCUUCUUGCGUUAGAGCCUCCAAUCAGCGAUUUGGGUCCUUGAAAAUCAGUGAAAACUCUGCUUUUCUUAGACUUCGUCUUCAUGCCGUCCCCAGUGAGGCUUCUGGGUCCGGUGAAGCUGAAGAUGAGAAGCCAUUGAAUAAUGGGUUUGGCUUGGUUUCUGAAGACGCCGUCUCUCUGUCUCACGGUGAUUCGAGUCAAUGUGAAAGCAGUGAGAAUCAUUUAAAUGUGGAACCAACCAUGGAUUUGCCUCUUUCAUCCCAUUGUGGAAGUAGUGCUGGAGGAGGAGGAACCAGAGCUGGGCUUUUUAGAACACCUAUUUCGGGUGGUGUGCAAAGCGCUACUUCAGCUCAUGGCUUACCUCGCCCAGCCUUAGCCGUUCGUAAUCUUAUGGAGCAGGCCAGGUUUGCUCAUCUAUGCACCGUAAUGUCUCGCAUGCACCAUCGACGUGAAGGAUAUCCUUUUGGUUCACUGGUAGAUUUUGCACCUGAUUCUUCUGGACAUCCUAUAUUUUCAUUUUCUCCAUUGGCCAUCCACACACGGAAUUUGCUAGCAGACCCAAGGUGCACCCUAGUUGUGCAGAUUCCUGGAUGGAGUGGAUUGUCAAAUGCAAGGGUAACGAUUUUUGGUGAUGUCUACCCACUUCCAGAACUCCAACAGGAGUGGGCUCAUAAGCAAUACAUUGCUAAGCAUCAGCACGGGCCAUCUCAACAAUGGGGAAAUUUUUACUACUUUAGGAUGCAAAAUAUAAGUGACAUAUAUUUCAUUGGUGGGUUUGGUACUGUUGCUUGGGUUGAUGUCAAGGAAUAUGAAGCCAUUCAACCUGAUAAGAUUGCAGUUGAUGGUGGGGAGCAGAAUCUAAAGGAACUCAACGCAAUCUUUUCGAAGCCUUUAAAAGAACUGUUGUCUGCUGAAACUGAAGUGGAUGAUGCUGCACUCAUAUCUAUAGACAGCAAGGGAACCGAUGUUCGGGUUCGUCAAGGGGCGCAGUUCAACAUACAGAGAGUUUCAUUUGAUGAAGGGCAUUCUGUUGAGACACUAGAAGAAGCCAAGGCUGCCCUUUGGAAGCUAAUAAAGAAAGGUCUAGUAGUAUAUAAUUUGCAGAAGUAAAAGUCAAGAAGAGUGGUUUCAACAUAAUCCUUUCUUUUAAUAAGAUUCAAGGCUUGCAACAAGUCCCAUCUUUUUCAAUCCAAGUAGUAGAGUAUAAGUAUUUUACAUCUUUUUUUUUUUUUUGGUUUCCCUUGCAAUGUAACUUGUUUUACCAUUCUAGUCCUGAAACAAAAAGAAAAGCUAUGGUAGAUUAUCUAAGUUUGAGUUUUUUUUUCCAUUAGGUCAAGCUUGGUGUGCUUGUAACAAAUUUUGUGGGAAAAUAUGGAAAAUUAUAUGUGAGAAGCAUCAAUAAUCUUUGUUUGAUAAAA